AUGAAAGAGAGGCAUCGUAGGCAUCUUUUUAGCACUUCAUUUGGUCUUAGUUCUUUAUUAGUACUAUUUAGACUAACUAAUAGUCUACUUAUUAACACACAUUUUGAACCGGAUGAGUAUUUUCAAACAAUUGAGAUAGCAAUGGGUUUGCUUUUGAAAAAACAAAGUGUGACAUGGGAAUGGCUUUUUGGGAUUAGAUCUUUUGUUUUUGUUUCUGUUUUUUAUCUACCUUUAUGGCUAUCUAAAUCUAUUUUAAGUGAACUAGUCUUUAUGCAAGUAGCUCCUUAUAUAGUUAAGGCUGUUUGUGCUUUACUAGCUGCUUUAGGUGAUUAUAGUACAAUCAAAAUUUACCAACUUUUGAUAGGAACGGAAGAGAUACCUUUAGAGAUAGUUUUGGUUUGUACUAUGAAUUUAGGGCAGUGGUUGUACAGUACUAGAUCACAUGCUAAUUCUUUAGAGAUGAAUGUAGGUAUGUGGAUUAGUGCGCGAUUGCUAAGUAUUGUUAGUGAACGGGAUAAGAGGACUAAAUUGAUCUCUUUAGGGGUAAGUGCUUUUAUAUCUGGGUUGUUGAUUUAUAUCAGGACGAGUUCUAUCUUUAUGAUUGGAGUAGUUUGGUUGUACGUGCUUAAGAAGGAGGUUGAACAGUUUUGGAGUGCUUGGUUGGUAGUGAAGAGGAAAGGAGAUAUUAAGCAGGGGGUUUUACUGACUUAUUUAGGACACAGUCGGGUUUUGGCUUUAAGUACGUGGUUGGGAGUUGGUUUGGCUCUGGGAUUAGGGAUUUUGAUAGAUAGUUGGUUUUAUGGGGAGUUAGUGGUAUCUCCUUUUGAAUUUAUUCGGGUUAAUCUGGUUUAUGGCGUAUCUAAGCUUUUUGGAGUCUUACCGGGUUAUGUAGUCUUAUGGUUUGUAGUGGUGUUAUUAGGAGGAUAUACGGGUUUAUUAGUAUUCUGUCGGGUCUCUUACUUGAACUUAGAAGUAGUUGUUCCGGCUGUUUAUUUAGUAGUGCAUAGUUUGAUUGGGCAUAAGGAGAUGAGGUUUUUGUUACCGGUUUUACCUUUCUUUAAUCUGAUUAUAGCUAAGAAUAUGAGAAGAGUUUGGAGUGAGGUGGGUGUAGGAAGGGGAUUGAUAGGGAGGAGUAGUAAGUUUUUGUUUUGUAAGCAAUUUUUGGCUAUCAAUCUUUUGAUUGGGAUUUUGAUAGGAAUAGAUCAUCAAAAUAUUAGUAGACCCUUAUCUUUUUUAAGGAAAGAAUGUUAUAGACAUAUAUCUAGUCGUUCUGAACCUGUGUUUAUCUUUUCGGCCUUUAAUCCUUAUAUGUUGCCUUUUAAUACUUAUUUAGGACACCGUCGGAUUAUAGUGAAGUCUUUGGAUGACAAUCCGGAUUUAAGUGGGGUUUUAGACCGAUUAAAACGAGUGCAAAGGUACAAGCACUAUAAUUUAGUCUUACAAGAGCAUACUAUCUUUUCUUCAGCUAUGAUAUCUAAUCUUAAACGAGCAGGAAUUCUUGAGUAUGACUAUUUAGUGAUUAACAGCCAGUACGAUACAGAGAUAGAACAGGAACUACCCGAACUUAUCAAAGUACAUGAAUCUCUGCACAUGCGCAUUCCCUACCACCAAUCUGUAUCUAUCUACAAACGACCCCUCCGAAAUAAAUAG